UGAAACAGAUUUAUAUUUACUCUUGGAAAAUGGCUUCAAAAUUAGAGGAGGAUUUAUCCUGUCCUGUGUGCACUGACAUCUUCAAGGACCCAGUUCUUCUGUCAUGUAGUCACAGCUUCUGUAAAGCCUGUCUGCAGCAGUUCUGGGAAACCAAAGGAUCCAGAGAAUGUCCAGUCUGCAGGAGGAGGUCAUCAAAGGCGAAGCCACCAAUCAACCGUGCAUUAAAAAACCUGUGUGAGACAUUUUUACAGGAGAGAGUUCAGAGUGGAGCACUCUGUAGUCUCCAUGGCGACAAACUCAAGCUGUUUUGUCAUGACGAUCAGCAGCUUGUGUGUUACUCGUGUCGAGACUCAAAACUACAUAAGAAUCACAACUUCAGUCCCAUUGCUGAAGCAGCAGUUGACCGUAAGGAGGAGCUCAAUGUCAAACUGGAUCCCUUGAAAAAAAAGCUAAAGGCUUUCGAAAAAGUAAAACUCACCUAUGAUAAAACAGCAAAGCACAUUAAGGUGAGAGCCCAGCACACAGAGAAGAUGAUCAAGGAAGAGUUUGAGAAGCUUCACCAGUUUCUACGAGAUGAAGAGGUAGCCAGGAUAGCUGCACUGAGGGAGGAAGAGGAGCAGAAGAGUCAGAUGAUGGAGGAGAAGAUUGAGAAGAUGAGCAGAGAGAUCUCAUCUCUUUCAGACACAAUCAGAGCCAUAGAAGAGAAGGUGGGAGCUGAUGACAUCACAUUUCUACAAGAGAGGGUUUCAGGAGCUCUGAUCAAUGUGGCAAAACACCUGGGCAACCUGAAGUUCAGAGUCUGGGAGAAGAUGCAGGAGAUUGUCCAAUACACUCCUGUGACUCUGGAUCCCAACACUGCACACCCAACUCUCAUUCUGUCUGAGGAUCUGACCAGUGUGAGACUCAGUGAUGAGAGACAGCAGCUUCCUGAUAACCCAGAGAGAUUUGAUAAGUGGGCUGACAUCGUGGGCUCUGAGGGCUUUAACUCAGGGACUCACUGCUGGGAUGUGGAGGUUGGAGAGAACACAUUGUGGCAUGUGGGUGUGGUGAAAGAGUCUCUCCAGAGGAAGGGAGACUGUACCUCCAUGAGUGGGCAGUGGUUUAUGGUUCAUAAAGUUGGUAAAUAUGGAGCAUGGUCUCCACCACAGCCCCUCACUCUCCUCACAGUGAAGCAGAAACUCCUGAGGAUCAGAGUGCAGCUGGACUGGGACAGAGGAGAGCUGUCAUUCUCUGACCCUGAUAAUAACACACACCUACACACUCUCACACACACUUUCACUGAGAGAGUGUUUCCAUACUUUAAUGUUGCCUGUAAACUCUCUCCUCUGAGGAUGUUUCCAGUGCGAGCUUCAGUGAAAGUAGAGCAGCACAGCAAGAGAUGAUGUCACUGCUUUAAUGGGCUUUAAUCCAUUGUGUGAUUUUAGUGAAUGAGAGCUUUGAAUGAUACAAGGGAUAUGGAGUUGUAAGAAAAAAAUGGGAUGUUUCAGGAAUGUUUCUUGUGUUUGAUGCAGCAAUCUGGCUUUAUUUCAGUAAAGAGCUGUAACAAAGCACAUGAAUAUACUCAGGAUUCAGCAGUGUAGGUCUGAACAACAAGCAUCUCAAA